AUGGCUGAAUUCCCUCCUCUUCUCUCCCAGGAGGACAUGAAGAAGCACAAGAUUCUUCUGGCAUACCGAGACCGGUGUGCCGCCCUCCUUGUCCCCCUCAACGAGUGCCGAAAGAAGAAUUAUUACAUGCCCUGGGCCUGUGGCCACGAGCGACAUGAGUACGAGAUGUGUGAGGUGGCCGAUUUCCAGCGACGAGUCAAGGCCAUGGACAAGCUCAAGGCCGAGAAGAUCGAGCAGGCCAAGGCUGCCGCUGCCGCCGCCGCCGCCGCCGCUGCCGCUGACGCUGAGGAGUCCAAGUAG